UCUCAUGGAGACGAUUGUGAUCCCUGAGAAUCUCAUGGGGCGCCAUUUUUUCUCUGCAUCCAAACAAGAAAUACCAAUCGGAAUGCAAAAGGAUUCUUCGUCUCUUCGUUGCUCUUGGUGACUGCUCUUUGAAGGAAAUGGAAGACGAUCUGAGGGAGAUUCUAAGUAGCAUCUCAAGGAUUAGUAAUGAAGGUCGAGCUGCACGUGAGGAUGAUGGUUCUCAUGGACCUACUCGGACACAUUCUCUUGAUUGCGCAAAAUUGGCAGAAUUGUAUGAUAUUGCAUGGUCACCAACCCAAAAGUCUGAUAAGAGCACUCCACGUUUUGGACAAAAUUGUUUUGAUCGGGCUUCAAUAGUUGCUGAUGCAUGGGAUCAAUUGAAUCAGUCUGUUGUUUACUUUAAAGGAGAACCUGUUGGUACCAUGGCCGCGGUUGAUUCCUCAUCAGAUGCAUUGAACUAUGAUCAGGUUUUCGUUAGGGAUUUUGUUCCCAGUGCUCUGGCAUAUUUGAUGAAUGAUGAGCCAGAUAUUGUUAAGAACUUCUUGUUGAGGACCGUUCAACUCCAGUCAAAGGUGAAAAGUGUUGAUUGUUUCACACUUGGAAAAGGAGUUAUGCCUGCAAGCUUUAAGGUUCUGCAGGAUCCUGUUAGAAAAUGUGAUACAUUGAUUGCUGAUUUUGGAGAAGCUGCAAUUGGAAGGGUGGCUCCAGUUGAUUCUGGGUUUUGGUGGAUAAUUUUGCUACGUGCUUACACGAAAUCUACUGGUGAUUAUUCUUUAGCUCAUAUGCCCGAAUGCCAACGAGGAAUGAAACUCAUCUUAUCUUUGUGCCUCUCGGAGGGAUUCGAUACAUUUCCAACCCUUCUUUGUGCUGAUGGCUGCUGCAUGAUUGAUCGCAGAAUGGGUGUAUAUGGUUACCCUAUUGAGAUCCAGGCAUUGUUUUUCAUGGCUCUAAGGUGUGCUUUGCAACUGCUACGAGAUGAAGGUGAUGGGAAGGAGUUCAUAAUGAUGAUUGAAAAGCGGUUGCCUGCAUUAACCUACCACAUGCGCAGUUACUUUUGGCUUGACUUUCAGCAGUUAAACAAUAUUUACCGGUUUAAGACAGAGGAAUACUCUCAUACCGCUCUUAACAAGUUCAACGUUAUACCCGAAUCAAUUCCAGAGUGGGUGCUUGACUUCAUGCCAAUGAAAGGAGGAUACUUCAUUGGGAAUGUUGGUCCAGCUCUAAUGGACUUCAGGUGGUUUGUUUUGGGCAAUUGCGUCGCAAUAUUGUCCUCACUAGCAACUCAAAGCCAAGCCAUGGCUAUAAUGGAUCUUAUUGAAGAGAGAUGGGAGGAUCUUGUUGGUGAAAUGCCUUUGAAGAUUUCAUAUCCAGCUUUGGAGUCUCAUGAGUGGAGGAUCAUAACUGGUUGUGACCCCAAAAACACAAGAUGGAGCUAUCACAAUGGUGGCUCUUGGCCAGUUCUUUUGAGCUGGCUUACUGCUGCCUGCAUUAAAACUGGAAGACCCCAGAUUGCAAGGAGGGCUCUAGAGCUAGCUGAACAGAGACUUUCCAAGGACAGUUGGCCAGAGUACUACGACGGCAAGGAUGGUCGUUACAUUGGAAAACAGUCAAGGAAGUUGCAGACAUGGACAGCUGCAGGGUACUUGGUUGCGAAGAUGUUGUUGGAAGAUCCAUCUCAUGUCGGGAUCAUCUCGCUCGAAGAAGACAAAAAGAUCAAGCCCAGCACACUUGCACGAGCAAGCACCUUGCCAGCAAAAUUCAGAGGAUGAUAGUUUCCCACUUCCACAGUUUUCUGUUCAUAUUGUUGGUUUGAUUUUUAUUUCUAAUCAAUCUUUCAAAAGCAUGCCCGAGUCUGACAAGUUCUAUAACAGGGAAAUUAUUGUUGUUUUCAGUCAA